CUCUUGGAGAUUAAAGAGGUUAGAAACAUACCAGAUGGACAAAAAAAGAAAGCUCUUGGUUGUGUUUAGUAAAAUCCACCCUGAUUCUCUUUUCGAUGCUGAGCAGAUGGCAUUGCAUAGGUUUUAGGAUCGGCUUGUCUGAGGAGCUGGAUCAAACUGGAGGAAAAUUAUGCUCCUUGUCUUUUAUCUCUAGAAGCGCUGCAAAGUUUCCACACUGGUAGCAAUAGUUUGGUGCACUAAACACGGUCACCACAUUCUUUUCCUGUUACCAUAAGAAAAAAGUUAGAGAGAUCAAUGCCUUCGUUAGAGCCUUGAGCAAUUGAGAUGAACAUACACACACCCUUCCACCAGUUAAAACCUUCCAUGUGCUCUUUGAUAGCAUCAUCAAGUGCUUCAAGAACAGCUUUUGGCCACAAAGUAUUGUACUUUUCAUGGUUGGCUUUCCUCUCUUUGCUCUUAAUUAACGCAGCGUCUGUUCUAAGAAUCCUAGACAAUUGUCUCUUGGGAUACUUAUGGCAUAUUCAGAUGUGUUUAGUUUUUGGAAUCUUUAUGUUGGUUCUUCUGAUGGGAAGACAACCAUACUUGGUUGAAUAUCAAAUGGUCUGUCAGAUUUAACAUGGGGGUGGUCAGAUGAGAACGUUUCUUGACCUGGCACUGAGACAAAAAAAAAAAAAACUUUAGGUUCUGAAAGCAGGAAGCAUAGUUUCAAGAACCUGCUAGAGAUGGUUCUUGCUGAAACUGUUCAUCAGGAUUAGGCUCAAAGCUGAAACGUCAUGAAAUGUUUUGUGUUGACCAUUCAGACUCCCAUGUGCAGAAGAGUGAGUUUUCAAACUUGUUGACUAAUAAAAGUUGACUUUCUGAAACAUUAAUGGCCUCAGAUUCAACACUAUCUUCACCAGAAGGCAACUUUGACUGCCAUUAACAUUUUAUUGAUCUGAAGAAGACCAUGAAGUUCUGGAGAAACAAGGGAAAAGAGAGGAGGAAACAAUGGUUCUUGGACAACGGAAGCACUUUUCUCAAAGAGCUCAUUGCUGGAUGCAACGGUAAAACCAAUCCUAUCCGAAGCUUCUCUUCUGAUCAGAUCCUCAAGGCCACAAAUGGAUUUGAUCCAAGCCGCUAUGUAACGAGUGACCUUUACUACACUUGGUUCACCGGUAGCAUUGAAGAUAGAUCUUACAUGAUCAAGAUGUAUCCUGAGGAGAAAGUCAGAGGGGAUGGAGAUGGAAUUGGAGCUGUUUACAACGACAUUGUCAUAUCUGCUCGUGCCAAUCACAUCAACUUCCUGAAGCUGUUGGGAUGCUGUCUCGAGUUCCCUUGUCCAGUUCUGGUGUUUGAACACGCGGAGAAUGGAGCUUUAGGACACCAAGGAGGUAUAGGUUCCAAGGAUACAAAGUUCUUACCUUAGGGAUGUAAGACUAAAGGUGGCUAAGGAGAUAGCCAGUGCGGUUACUUAUCUACACACAGAGUUCCCUAGGAUCAUUGUACACAGAAACAUAACUCCCAUGAAUGUUUUCUUGGACAAGAACUGGACAGCUAAGCUGUCGGAUUUCUCCCUUGCUCUAACUCUCCCGGAGGUCUCAAAUGGAAGACAAGUGAUGGGAUGGCCCGGAUAUUUAGAUCCUUCUUUUUUUUUUUUUUUUUUUAUUUAGAUCCUUCUUAUCUACAUACGAGUAUUGUUACAGAGUAGGCUGAUGUUUAUAGCUUUGGAAUCUUUAUGAUGGUUCUUCUGAUUGGAAGACAUGGUAUAGCUCCUCGGUCUGAUGUGCGCUUCAUCGAUAUACUAUGUAAGAGGGUUGCAAGAGAAAGGAGAGUUUACUGAGACCAUAUACCGGGUUGGAGUGAGAGACAUUGUGGAGGCUGAAAGAUUUCAAGUUGACAAAAUUGUUGAGCUUGCCUUCAGAUGCUGCGAGAGGAGUGUGGAAAAGAGACCGAAGAUGAUUGAUGUCGCCAAGGAGUUUAAACAGAUUCAGAGAUCACUAUGUUGAUACAGCAGCUGAUCCUAGCUCUCAGGAUUCAACAUUAAUUUAUAUAUACGUAUCUUUUUUGCUUGAAAUAUUCAUUGAACUCUUGGGAGGAGACCUCUUGAAGUUGCAGCAAUCUUCUUAAAGACAUCCAGGAAGAAAGGUGGUUGAAGCAUCUUCUUAAAGGAGCUUAUGGUAAUUGAAACCGUUCUGGCAAUCUUAAUUUUUCCAAGCAUAUAGUUUUAAAGAAGACAUAGCUGGAGAGGCUUACAGUGGCAUUGUCUUGUAUGAUCUAAUGAACACGUUUCUGAAACUAUUUUGGAUGCUAAUUGGAGUUUAGUAUUCCUGUUUUAAUAUUGCAUAACAUGAAGUUCUGAAUGAGAAAGCACCCAAGUUUUUUA